AUGUCGUUGGAUAAACAACUACGUUUAUGUUUACCCAAUAAAACGAACGACCCAUUUAAAGAAUUACUAAGUGAUAAAUCUAUUGAGUAUAAUGCAUUUAAAAAUAUUCUAUUAAUUGGUUCAGGAACUUUUGGAAGCACAUAUCAUGCAGUUGUAGAAACAGUUAACAUUAGUGUCGCUUUGAAAUCAUUCGAAAAUAUCGAUGCAAUUACUGUCAAAGAAAUUUUAAAUGAAGUACUUUAA